AUGUCACGAAAAGAGAGCAGAAGCACGAGCAACGCGAACAGCAGCAGCAGCAGCAGCAGCAGCGAUGGCCAUGGCUUUGGCGGUGAUAGCACGUCUGUCGAUGGUGCCACGGCGGGUAACAGCAGCGCCGAAUGCGCCGGCACUACUAGCGCAGAACCGACACCCAGCAAUGCGGUGGAAACCGGAGGUGGCAGCAGCAGUAGUGGUCUGGUGGGCAGCAAGCGCGGGUCUGCCAAGGCGAGAGGGCGCAAAAUGGAACGGGAACGGGAACCUCUCAAACGGUAUACCGCUCAACCCUCCGCGCACGCUGGUCUACCAAGGCGAGAGGCUGCCCGUCCCGUUCCUAUCGGAGAGGUUCACGCAGCACGCCACGCGGCGCGCGUUGUGCGCUCGCACGGGCUCUCGGCACUCUCUGCGCACGUGCUUCAUUCUCCCUCAGCUGGGGACACCCACACUGGUGGGGCAGAUGGCGCAGCGGGAGGGGAGAAGGUGAAAAGAGAGGCAGUGGGAGAGAGGGAGUGGCGUGCUGCUGUAGCGGACUGCAUGCAGUGGGUGGAGGGUGAUGAGAAGGGGCUUUUCGGCUCGGCAGGCAGCGUCGCCAGUAGCUGCAGCAGCGGUGGCGUUGGUGGGAGUGGCGGCAGGGACGAGGGUGCCGAUGAGUCGUUGAUUGAGAGCGUGCGCAAGCUGCCACCUAAUCGCUUCCCAGCGCUCCUGCCUCGCUAUGUGGCCCUGCGAUCGGCCAUCCAACCAUGGAGCGACCUGUUCUUUCGCCGGCACAGCCGCCGACCCACCGUGAGUGCUUUAACGUCUCGUGGUGCUCGCUCAUCGUAUCAUGAGUUGUUGCUUAUCGUUGGUCGGUCAUCUGAUGAGAUGUGGCUGGCCGUUCUCCUGUCGAAGCGGGAAGAGGUGCAGCAGGAAUGUGCAUGGCGUGUUGCAAGCAGCUACUCUCCUCAUUCCUGUGGAGUUCACAGUGCAGUGCAGGCUGACCAAGGCCACCCUGACAAUGCCGCUCAGCUCGCUAAAGCCCGCGCAGCCUUCACCCUUGACAGCACCUUUGCUGCUCGACCGGAGCGACUAACUCCACAAGCCAGAUGGAGAGCGACCACCACAUCCCGUCUUUCCUCCUCUUCGUCUUCCGCCUCCUCCUCUUCCUCCUCAUCCUCUUUCUCUUCCUCGUCGUUCUCUGGCGCGCAGUAUCCCUCCAAUCCGCCGUCCUCCCCGCCUGUCUCCUUCUACUCCUACUCAUCCUCGGCAGCCUUCCCGGAUUCCCACACUUCCCAGUCCUCCCCGUUGUGGCUACACCCCCCUGCUCCUCCAGCUGCUGCUGGCGCCUCCCCUGCUCCUAGCCCUUCCUUUCUGCCGCCUCCUCCCUCACUUGUCUCGUCCAACGUGGCUGCUUCGUUCGAUGACGUGGACGAGUGGCUGCUUUCUGUGGGGGGAGAUGGCGGUUCAGAGGGGAAUGGGGGAACAGAGCUUCUGAACACGCAACAGUCGUUGCGUUGGCAAGAGCAGCAGCUGCAACAGCAGCAGCAGCAACAGCAGCAGCAACAGCAACAGCAGCAGCAGCAGCAACCGAACUUUGAAGGCAGGAUAUUUGAUGAGGGGAGUGAGGGGGAGGGGGGGAAGGAGGAGGUGGGGGAGGGGGAGGUGGGAGACGAGGAGGGGGGAAGCCCCUCGGCUGCUGAAGAAGUGGAAGCAAGUGGAAUAGAUGUGGGAUGUGAGGAUUUGGGUGGCUUGGGCUUUAAGCAGGGGGCUGGGGUUGAGUGGGGGUUGAGUAGGAUUAUGCGAGAGGUGGAGGAAGGGCAGGGAGGGGCACCGCAGCAAGGGGAGGAGGAUAUUGGUGACAGGUUAGGUAAGAAGGAAGAUAUAGAUUCGUCGGAUUCCUUGAGAGGGGUCCUUCGGCAGGUGGAUGAGGAAGAGAACUGA